UCUACAGAAUGGGCGUGGCACAACAUAGGACGACGCUAUCCAAUAACUGGGCGUGGAUUCACUAAAGAACUCCAUAAAGAUCUAAUAUUUGGGUUCCGUCUGUCGAUCUUGGGCACUUUGCGUUGCGUGUUGUUAUGGCGCAAGUUGAGUUGGUGCAGGUCCUGAUUCGGAAGGCUCUGGGUGCAGGUUGGAGGAGGGUGUGGUACCGAGCCAUUCAUCGGGGCAGCUAUCUGCUGUCAGAUUUUUCACCGGCCAGGCCUGUUACCAACACCAGUUACAUUCAUGGAACGUGUGAUGUACCCCUCACCAGUAAGACUGUGCAUCAGUGCCUGCUGGAAACCACUGAUCGGACCCCGGACCUGGAGGCUGUUGUUUUCAGACACAGUAACAUACGUAAAACCUUCAGUCAGCUGAUCAAGGAUGUUGAUUCCCUUGCAGCAGGGCUAGUGGCUCUCGGCCUCAAGAAAGGAGAUCUUGUAGGAAUGUGGGGCCCUAACAGCUAUGAAUGGAUUUUAGUGCAAUUUGCUACAGCCCGGGCUGGAAUUAUCCUGGUCUCUGUGAAUCCAGCAUAUCAGUCCAGAGAGCUGGAGUAUGUCCUAAGGAAGGUUAAAUGUUGUGCACUUGUUUUCCCAUCGCAAUUUAAAACCCAGAAGUAUUAUGAACUACUAUCAGCAAUUUGCCCAGAAUUGGAGACUUCACCAGCAGGAGGUCUUCAGUGCAAGAAGCUUCCAGAUCUCCACACAGUUAUUGUCCUGGAUAAGAGACACCCAGGCACCUUUCUGUUCCACGAUGUAAUGGAGGCAGGGAACCCAAGCUCAGUACAGCAGCUGCAGGAUCUUCAGAAGAAAAUUUCAUGCGAUGACCCAAUCAACAUCCAGUUCACAUCUGGUACAACUGGAAGUCCCAAAGGGGCAACUCUUAGUCAUCACAACAUUGUGAACAAUGCAUCCCUUGGGGGAAGGCGGAUGGGAUUCAACUGGAGGAAGGACAUAAGAACGGCAGUCCCAGUGCCACUGUAUCACUGCAUGGGCUCAGUGAUUGGGGGAAUGAUUAUGGCAGUUUAUGGUACCACUCUGGUCUUCCCGUCUCCAGGUUAUGAUGUUCAUGCCCUCCUUGAGGCUAUUUCAAGUGAGAAGUGCACCUGCAUGUAUGGAACCCCCACCAUGUACAUAGAUCUUUUGUCUCAGCCUGACUUUGUUGUUCACAGUUCCACCCUCACUAACGGAUUUAUUGCGGGGUCCACUGUACCUCUAGAGGUCAUGAAAAAGAUUCUUACUGAAACAAACAUGAAGGAGAUUGUAAUAGCAUAUGGAACCACAGAAAACAGCCCUGUCACGUUUAUGGGUUUCCCGCAUGAUAACUUUAUUCGCAAGACGGAGACUGUUGGUCACGUUUUAUCCCAUACUGAGGCAAAGGUGGUGGAUACUACUACAGGCCAGAUAGUUCCACUGAAUGCCCCUGGGGAGCUGCUGAUCCGGGGCUACUGUGUCAUGUUGGAGUACUGGGAUGACCCUGAGAAGACUAAAGAAGUUAUGACCCCUGCAAACUGGUACAAAACUGGAGACAUUGCCACGAUGGACGAAUAUGGUUACUGCCGCAUUGUUGGACGUUGCAAAGACAUGAUUAUCCGAGGGGGCGAGAAUAUUUACCCGGCUGAGAUUGAAGACUUCUUGCACACGCACCCGAGUAUUCUGGAGGCUCAGGUAAUUGGAGUGAAAGAUGAGCGCAUGGGGGAGGAGGUCUGUGCUUGCAUUCGCCUGUAUGACAACAACACUGCUACUGCCGCUGACAUCAAGGAGUAUUGCAAGGGAAAGAUUUCCCACUUUAAGAUCCCACGUUACAUUGUGUUUGUGAAUGACUAUCCGCUCACAGUUUCUGGAAAGAUCCAGAAAUACACACUGAGAGAAAAAAUGGAAAAAGAGCUGAACCUAUGAAGAAGUAAUGACUACCUUCUCAUUCUCUUAGUGCCUUUUCUUGUUACUCCUGAGCCUGCUCUCUUGUUGCACCUUCUUACUUCUGAACUUAUUGUUCUUCUUGCUGAUUAGUAUUUACUACAGUUCCCUCACUCUGCACCUCUUAAGGCUAGUAACAUGCUAAGAUUCAGGAAGAUUUAGUCACCCAGCGACAAAUUGGCUCUUCUUCGGGCAACUAAUCUCCCUGAAAAGC